AUGAUGAUGAUACGCUCACUCUCAACGGUACUGGCUUGUAUCUCUGCCGUCACCGCAACCAUCUUGGAGAAUGGCCGCCCAAGAGUAACGAGCUCCAUAGAUACGAAGGUGGACCCGACUCCUGGCGAGUUCAAGACAUACGAUGCCGAUGCCGAAGAGAUAUCGUACAAAGGUCGAUGGGAUUCAAAGCAGAUAUCGUGGUGGGCAGCCCCGGGCAUUAAAUUCGGCUUCACCGGUCAGACAGUCGCGGUCACAUUCGGUAAUCAGACUAUCAGCAGUACUCUCGUCGCCUACAGAAUCGCCGGUCUAGACUGGAUGCACACCAACGUCACGGCGGGCGGCACUCACCAGUUCGUGAGCUCCGAAACUCCAGGCAUCGAGCUAGCUGGUCCUGUCAGCCCAGUUACAUUUGAAAUGAGAGUGACAAACUGGGCUUAUGGAGUCCAAAUUGACAAGGUUCAUGUGGCUUCUGGAGAACAGCUCGUCAAGAUUCCCGAUUAUCCUCGUCGGGUAGAGUUUAUUGGCGAUAGCCUGUCAGCAGGCAUGUAUAAUACUUACGAGGCGCUCGCGGGAUUUGCUUACGGUGUCGGCGCGGGCCUGGGCGAUACUGAGUAUUCCAUUACAGCCUAUCCGGGCAUAUGCGUCGCCGACCAAGACUGUUGGGGCAACCCUCGAGGACAAUCUCACCAAUGGUUCUAUGCAUCGGACACAGGCGGACGGGCAAACGAGAUAUGGGGAGAUGAACCAGAGCCUUGGGACUUCUCCAGAAACCCUCCUGCCGACCUCGCUGUCAUCAACCUCGGCACAAAUGAUGCGAAUGCUGCAAACAAUGUCACCAAAGCCACUUACGUUGAACACUACAAGAGACUCAUCCAGGGCAUUCACGGAAAGUGGCCCGAAGCUCAGGUCAUAGUCAUGCAAAUGUGGCAAGGCUUUUUCCAGGAUGGCAACACGUAUGGCCAGAAUACCGACCUUCGGGACGAAGUAUACAGCGUUUACGAGUACUUUAACUCGGAAGAGUACCUAAGCAACCCGAUAACUUGGGAUGCUGUCACAAAUACCACCGAGCAGACGGGCAAACCGGCAACACCCUUCGUGCACUUCUUCAACACCACAGGUAUCCUCCAGCACAACGACAUCGCGCCACAGUGGCAUCCGACGGAUGUCGGCCAGAUCAAGGUCGCGAGCCACCUGAUACAGUAUAUCACUCUGAAGCUCGGCUGGCCCCUGUAUGCUACCGGACCCGAGUGA